AUGUCUCACCAGCCGGACGCUCACAACCUACACCACCCGGACCUACCGCUCAUCCACUGCCAGAUGUCUCACCAGCCGGACCCGCAGCCUUCCAGUUCCAUUCCUUCGGCGGUGGCCUCCACGGAUGAGAGCAGCGUCGAUGGCGGGCGUAUCAAUGCUGAGCUCAUCUCUAGGCUUGUGCAAGACGCCGUCAGAAUGGAGCUGGCCAAGGACCGGGAGGUGCAGGUGAAGCUCUUGGCGCUUAGUUCCCAGCUCUCGGUGCAGCUGCAACAGCUGCUCGACGUGCACGCCAGCCAGCAGAGGAGCAACGGGCGCGCGAGCCCGCACCCCCCACCCACCACGAUCGCAGUCGCGGCGCAACCGAGGUUGCCCCUUGCCGUCAUCCGAUACGGGACUAUCGAGGAGAGUUUGCUGCGCAUGUGUACCCUUUUCCUGCUCGAGAGGGGCAUUGGCCACUACCUCAAGCCGGAGUUCGUGGAAGCGCCAGAGACAGCUCACCAGCUGGUCUUGCUGGUGGUCAAGUCCUUGACUGAACGCAAGCCCAAGCCAUCCGAGGUUGCUGCCUUCAUCGACGACAAGUGCAGAGGUAAGGUCGUGGUGGUCGUGUGGGUCCGCCAUGGUGAUCGACCGGCAGUGCUUCAGGCAAUUGAGAAACCCGCCCCCAGCUACGCAGCGCUCGAGAUGUGGUACACGAACUACAACGAACUGCGGCUGGCAGAUACCGACAGAAACGAAGUGGCGCGCACACAGCUGGCCGAAGCGCUCAGCAGUGUGGGGGUACUGCCCGCAGACCCGCGUAAUGGCCCCCAGACCCCACAGCGAGAAGAAAGGUCUGGGUGGAGAAAGUUCUCCCCUUUUUAG